UUCAGAGAACACAAGACCGCGAAAAUGUCACUCAAGCUCCCAGUAGCGGUAAAGGACCUGCCGGAGGAGAGGGUGAAGCAACGGGCGGCUCAGGGCAUGAAUCCUCUUCAGCUGAUUGUUUACACCGAGCCAUACGAUGUUCUCGUUCCUGAACCGUACAAGCGAGUGGCAGAAAAGAUCUACAAUUUCAAGUUCCGGACUGAUGACAUAGUGGUGACAACUUUCCCUAAGAGUGGUACACUGUGGACCAUGGAGCUUGUUUGGGCUUUAACUCACCUCGACCGCAUCAACGACACGCAGAAAGAGAACAUCAAUGAUCGAGUGUUCAUGAUCGAUGACGACUUCCUAGACAUGGUUAACCUUGAGAAAGCGAAACUGAGGUUUUCUGAACAAUGCCCCGAGGCUGAACACAAAGAAGGUGUCACUCGGCAACUCGCAGAAGCAGCUACAACGCCCAGAAUCAUCUGGACUCACCUGCCUCUCGCUCUCCUCCAUCCAGACCUUCUUAAAACGUGCAAAGUGGUGUACGUGGCCCGCAACCCGAAGGACGUGUGCGUCUCCUUCUACCACUUCGGCAAACAACUGGGAGAACGAUUCUUCACGGGCACUUUCGAUGACUUUUUGGAUGCCUUCAUGGACGGCCACCUCUUCUACGGGCCAUACUGGGACCACAUCCGCCAGGCGAGGCAGCAGAAGGACAACCCCAACUUCCACAUGCUGUUCUAUGAGGACCUGAAGACCAACAUACUGGAGGAGCUGAGGAAACUUAGCUCGUUUUUGGGUCUGGAGAUCGACGAUGACACGCUGUUGAAGGUGGCGGACUACGCCAAAUUCGACCGCAUGAAGAGCAACCCCAACAUGAGGACGAAUCUCCUGAACUUCGAGGGCAACCACUGCCGGAAGGGACAGAUCGGGGACUGGGCCAACAUAGCGACCCCGGAGAUGGACGCCAAGAUCGAGCGCUGGAUCCAGGAGAACUCGGAGGGCAUCGACUUCACCUUCAGAUACAAGUAGAGGAGGGAGGUGUUGCAGUCUUUUUUUUUUUUUUUUUUUUUUUUUUUUUUUUUUUUUUUUUUACGAGCGGUUGGAAAGUAGCUCGUAACUGCCAGAGGUACAAAAUGUGUCAAAUAUAGAACAAACCAACAAAAAAUGAAAGGAAUUCACUUGAAAGUAAUAUAUUUUUCAUUAUUUUAUAAAAAGACAAAUACAGAAAAAAGUUUGAAAGUAAUUCUGGAAGAGUAAAAGAUUUUUUGAAUAUGCAGAAGCUUGUUGACUCUCCCUCACUUGAUCAUCCUCUU